AUGGAAGAAAACAUGAAGGCAUGGCAGCAAGUCUCCCCCGGACCCGUUGAGGAAAACCUCAAGCUGGUCGACGACGUCCCACGUCCCAAUGCGGCUCUCAAAAAGGGCGAGAUCCUCGUCCGCGUCGUUAGUGCUUGCCUCAACCCAGCAGACUAUAAGAUCAUGGAAAUGGGAUUUCUCGCUCGUGCAACCGUCAGAUUCCCCAAGGUCAUAGGUAUGGAUCUCAGCGGCACCGUCACGGCGGUGGCCGAGGGCUCGACAGACGUCAAAAUCGGCGAUAACAUCCUUGGUCGCGUCGAGCCAAUGAAGCCCCACGGCUCUCUAUCCCAGUACCUAGUCUUGUCACGAGAGGAAUACGCCGUGAUCCCCAAAUCAGUGGAUCUUGACCAUGCCGCUGGCGUACCCACCGCUGGAAUGACAGCCUACCAAAGCAUCAAGCCCUACGUCAAAGCGGGCGAUCGCAUUUUCAUCAAUGGUGGCUCGGGGGGAACGGGAUCGUUCGGUAUUCAAAUUGGAAAAGCCCUCGGGUGCCACGUUACGACAUCCUGUUCAACCGCCAAAGUCGAACUAGCAAAGAAGCUAGGUGCUGACGCCGUCAUCGACUACCGCGUCGAGAAUAUCGUUACUGAACUGAAAGCCGAAGGCCAAGUCUACGACCUGGUAGUGGACAACGUUGGUAACUCGCCAAAGGACUUUUUCGCCACAACACCUGGCUUUCUGAGGCCUGAGGGUCAUUUUAUUGCCGUUGGAGGCUCCCCAUCGCUCCAAACGGUUCAGAAUAUGACCAAAGGUCUGCUUUGGCCGAGCUUCCUGGGUGGCACGCCACGCAAAUUCGUGCCGUACUUUACCAAGAGUGUACGCGAGGACUAUGAGCAGCUAGCAAGUUGGCUUGCUGAUGGGACAAUCACAACGACCAUUGAUUCAACAUUUGAAUUCGAGCAGGUUAUUGAGGCUUUGAAGCAUCUUAAAGAAGGCUCUAGCGUAGGAAAAGUCAUUGUGCACGUCUCGCCAAAGAAAUAA